AUGAAUAGGGUGUCGAUCAACUACCAAUCACGUCCUGUUAUUCUUUUCCUUACUACAUUAGCCGGAUCCUUAGGGUUCACGGCCAUUUUCUGUAUACGGUCCUUGAUCCAUCUGUAUAAGGAUUAUGUUUACAACCGUAAGCUGAACCGACCGCUAUUGAUACGUCAAUCAUCUUCGAUUUUGAAGAAAUCCGGUGCUCGUGAAUUGUACGUUCCUAAACCCAAGGAUGAGCUGACUCUUAAGAGAAUUGUGAUUCCUAAACCAAACCAAGAUUUGUAUGCUCUGGAUAAAUACUUGUAUAAGAACUUUGAUAAACGGUUACAUGAUACUCAAAGUUCUCUGUUGUUUAGUUCCCGGUUCCUUUCACAGAUUGCUCUUAUUUGGCGUAUCCUUAUUCCCAAGUACUAUCUGAAAAAUACGUAUCUUUUGUUAUCGCAAUGUUUCUUCCUUGUGUUAAGAACAUGGUUGUCGCUUUUGGUUGCCAAGUUGGAUGGUCAAAUCGUCAAGAACUUGAUUGGUGGGAAUGGUAGGAAAUUUGCCAGAGAUUUGAUUUAUUGGCUUUUGAUUGCAUUUCCGGCUUCUUAUACCAACGCUGCCAUCAAAUAUUUAACUAAUAGAUUGGCCCUUAGUUUUAGAGCUAACUUGACUAGGUAUAUCCAUGACAUGUAUUUGGAUAACAAAAUGGUGUACUACAAGAUUGCCUUUAACUCUCCAACUUUGGUCAAUAUUGAUCAAUAUAUUACUAAUGACGUGGAGAAGUUUUGUUCUUCUAUUUGUUCAUUGUUCUCUUCGAUGGGGAAGCCAGCUAUCGAUUUGGUGUUCUUUCUGGUUUAUCUUAGAGAUGCUUUAGGAACUGGUGCCAUUAUAGGGAUUUUUGCCAACUACUUUCUAACAGCUACAGUCCUUAAACGGUACACACCUUCGUUUGGGAAGUUAUCAAAGAAAAGAACCCAAUUAGAAGGUACUUAUUAUAACCAACAUUUAAAUAUCAUCACAAAUAGUGAAGAAAUCGGGUUUUAUAAGGGUUCCGUCACAGAAAGGAAUAAGUUGUUGGAGACUUUUGAUAAGUUGAUGAAACAUAUUAAUAAGGAAAUUGAUAUCACAUUCACUUAUAAUAUUCUUGAAGAUUAUGUUUUGAAGUAUACUUGGUCUGCCUGGGGUUAUAUUUUUGCAGGAUUACCUGUUUUCCUUGAUGAUUUCCUUAAGUAUGUUAGUGGAGAGGGUACUAACAGUACUACUGCUAUUACGGCUGCUCCAACUAUUAGUACUAGUACUACGGGUGUUACUAAUAAUAACGACACCGCUACUGAGUCAAGAGCCAAUGAAAGACAAAAUAUGCGGCAGUUCAUUAUUAACAAGAGACUUUUGCUUUCUCUUGCUGAUGCUGGAAGCAGAUUGAUGUACUCACUUAAAGAUAUUUCCGAAUUAACUGGUUACACUGAUCGUGUGUUUGAGUUGUUGACAAACUUACAUAAGGUUCAUUCGCCUAGAUUUCAAUACGGUGCAAAUGAUAAGGUGAUUGCCGAAGAAGGUGGUUCAUGUAUCAAUGGUACCAUUCAAAAUGAUUAUCGUCGUGGAGUUCGUUUCGAGAAUAUUCCUAUUAUUAUACCUCUGGCUCAAGGUCCAGAGGGUACUAACCUAAUAACCAAUAACUUAUCAUUCCAAGUGCUGAACAACUGGAACUUACUUAUUUUGGGUCAUAAUGGAUGUGGUAAGACAUCUAUUGCACGUAUUAUGGCUGGGUUAUGGCCGUUGUACUAUGGAUUACUUCUGAAGCCUAAUGAUGAUGAUAUUUAUUAUUUACCUCAGAAAUGUUACUUCACCCAAGGGAAUUUAAGAGAACAAAUCAUUUAUCCUUAUUCUUAUAAUGAUAUGUUAGAAAUGGGAUAUAAUGAUGAUCAUUUAUUCCAUAUUUUAAGAGAGGUUAAGUUGGAAUACCUUUUAACUCGUGAAGGGAACUUCAAUGUUCGUAAAGAUUGGAAGGAUGUAUUCUCUGGAGGAGAGAAACAACGGAUCCUGAUUGCUCGAGUCCUUUUCAAGAAACCGAAGUUGGUAGUAUUGGAUGAACUGACAAAUGCUGUGAGUACUGAUGUGGAAGGGUACUUGUUUGAGCUUUUGGAACGGAAAAAGAUCCGGUAUAUCACGCUAAGUCACCGCCCACUUUUGAUGAAAUAUCACGACUUAGUAUUAGAAAUAGACGAGGUUGGAAGUUGGAGUUUACAUGAUUUGACCAGUGAAGAGAACUUGCAAACCAUUGAUAAGGAGAUCAGUGAGAUCGAGAGUAAAUUAAGUCAAGUUGACCAAUGGGAAAAGAGGAAGCAAGUAGUUGAACUUUAUUUAGAUGGGAAGAAGGAAGAGUGA